AUGUCUCUUCUAUUGAGGCUUUGCUUUGCAGCAGCAGCAGCAGCAGUAGCAGCAGUAGCAGCUGUAGCAGCAGCAAUAGCAGUAGCAGUAGCAGCAGCAGUAGCAGUAGCAGCAGCAAGAGCAGUAGCAGCAACACUAGCAGUAGCAGCAACACUAGCAGUAGCAGCAGCAGCAGCAACAGCAGCAACAGCAGCAGCAGCAGCAGCAACAGCAGCAGCAGCAGCUGCAACACCAGCAAUAGCAGUAACAACAGCAACAGCAGUAGCAGCAGCAACAGCAGCAAAAGCAGCAGCAACAGCAGCAACAAUCGGUAGGAGAGACAAAAGCAGACUGCCCUUGUCUAAUCAGCUGCUGCCACAUCAGCAGCAGCAAGCUGCAGCCGCAACACCGAGCUGCAGCAGCAGCACCGGGCUGCAGCAGCAGCAGCAGCAGCAAGCUGCAGCAGCAGCACUGAGCUGCAGCAGCAGCAGCACUGAGCUGCAGCAGCAGCAGCAGCAGCAGCAGCACGCAGUACAAUGUGCGGAGACACUCAUGUCACCUCCGGGCCAGGGCCUCUCUCCUGCUGACUCAGGCGGCGCUAGCAGCAGCAGCAGCAGCAGCAGCAGCAGCAGCAGCAGCAGCAGGCGCAGCAGCAAGAAGGCCCCCUUAGUCCAACGCAGCCCCAGCCCCGACAUCGACCCCUGGGCUGUCAUUUUGUCUCCUGAGCCACGAAGGGGACACAAAACCAGUAGCAGCAGCAGCAGCAGAUAUAGCAGCAGCAGCAGAUACAACAACAGCAGCAGCAGCAGCAGCAGCUCCAAUGCACACGCAUCGUUGCACACAGGCCGGAUAAGCCUUAACAACACCCCCAGCGGCAGCAGUAGCAGCAGCAGCAGUAGCAGCAGCAGCAGCAGCAGCUCCAAUGCACACACAACGUUGCACGCAGGUCGGAGAAGCCUUAACAACACGCCCAGCAGCAGCAGCAGCAGUAGCAGCAGCAGCAGCAGCAGAAGCAGAUAUUGGGGCUGCAGCAGCGGGACCAAUGAUUGGAGUAGUCAAGGCAGAAGUCACAGCAGGAAGAGCUGGUGCAGCAGCAGCAGCAGCAGCAGUAGCAGCAGCAGCAGCAGCAGCAACUGGGGGUUCAGCAGCAGCAGCAGCAGCAGCAGCUGGGGAGCUGGGGUGAGCUGGCUGGAGCGCUGCAGCACCAUUGCUGCGGUGUGCCGCAACCCUGAAACGAAUACGCAGCUGCAGCAGCAGCAACAGCAAGAGCAGCAGCAGCAGCAGCAAGAGCCGCAGCAGCAGCAGUACGGCUGGCAGCAACAAUGGAGCACAAUUUAUUCGUCGCCCGACUGGCAGCAGCAGCAUCAGCAGCAGCAGCAGCAGCAGCUGCCCCGUAGUUGGGCCCCGCAGCACUACGCGCAGCAGAGUGAAUUGCUGCAAGAAGCAGGAGAGCUGCAGCAUAACGACUGGGAGCAGCAGCAGCAGCAACAGCAGCAGCAGCCGGAAGAGCGGCCGCCACAAACUGCCGAGGAGCAUCUGCGCAGAUGGGAGCAGCAGCAGCAGCAGCAACAACAACAGCAGCAGCAGCAACAGCAGCAACAGCAGCACUCCGACCCACAGCAGCAAGGCUACCAACACCAAUCUGGCUGGCUGCAUCAGCAGCAACAACAAGGACAGCAGCAAGGAUGGCAGCAGCCGCAGCAGCAGGAAAUAGAUUGGCUGCAGCAGCAGCAGCAGCAGCAGCAAAACAGUGAGCAGCAGCGGUGGUAUGAGCAGCAACAAGCGUGGCAGCUGCGUUACGAGUGGCAGCAGCAGCAGCAGCAGCAGCAGCAACAGCAACAGCAGCAGCAGCACAAUCCCAGCGGCUGGGCUCAGCAGCAGCAAGCAUGCGACGAGCAGCAGCAGCAGCAGCAGCAGCAGCAGCACACGCACCGGCAGCCGUGGCUUAGUCAGCAAUGCCAGCGUGGCUGGGACUACCAGCAGCAGCAGAGCCCAAGGCAGCAGCAGCAGCAGCAGCAGCAAAGCCCAUGGAAGCAGCAGCAGCAGCAGCAGAGCCCAAGGCAGCAGCAGCAGCAGCAGAACCCAUGGCAGCAGCAGCAGCAACAGAGCCCAUGGCAGCAGCAGCAGCAGCAGCAGCAGCAGCAGCAGCAGCAGCAGAACGCAAGACUUCCAGGAGUUGCAGCUUGUGAUUUCUUCGGGGCCUCAUCGCCCACUCCUCCUCCCCCGCCGCCCCCUCUCCCGCAGCAGCAGCAGCAGCAGCAGCAGCAGCGGCAGCAGCAGCGAUGGGAGCAGCUGCAGCAACAGCUCAGUCCUGCUGCGGAGUCUCCCUUUGCUUUCAUUUCGCCGAGGCGCUGCAGCAGCAAUUCAUUUGGUGGAGGCGGCCUUGCUCAAUCCAGCAGCCACGCGUCUGCUGCUGUUGCUGCUGCUGCUGCGGCUACGGCUGCUGCUGCUGCUGCUGUUGCUGCUGUAGAGACACGGCAGCAAAGCGAGCAGCAGCAACGGCAACAACAACAACAGCAGC